GAUUCAGCUGACCUACAAUAUACGUGACAGACAGAGCAGCAUUUAUGCUGUUGUCGGUGGUGCUGGUUAGUUUGCUGGUAAACCAGGGGACAGCCUCAGAGAACCAACGUCUCUUCAACAAUGCAGUCAUCCGUGUGCAACACCUGCACCAGCUGGCCGCAAAAUUGAUCAACGACUUUGAGGAUAGCCUGUUGCCAGAGGAACAUAGGCAGCUGAGUAAAAUCUUCCCGCUGUCUUUCUGCAACUCUGACUCCAUAGAGGCGCCCACUGACAAAGAUGAAACCCAGAAAAGCUCUGUAUUGAAGCUCCUUCACAUCUCUUUCCGCCUCAUUGAGUCCUGGGAGUACACAAGCCAGAGUUUGAGUGGAACCGUCUCAAACAGCCUGACCAUCGGAAACCCCAGCCAGAUCACAGAGAAGCUGGCCGACCUGAAAGUGGGCAUCAAUGUACUCAUAAAGGGAUACCUUGAUGGCCAACCCAACAUGAAUGACAAUGACUCCCUGCCACUGCCUUUUGAAGACUUCUACUUGACAUUGGGGGAGAGCAACCUCAGAGAGAGCUUUCAUCUGCUUGCUUGCUUUAAGAAGGACAUGCACAAGGUGGAAACCUACCUUAGGGUUGCAAACUGCAGGAGAUCUCUGGAUUCCAACUGCACCCUGUAG